AUGUUCCAGGAAGGUGCAGACAACAANAAGUUGCGUGAAUUGCAGUUCAAGAUCUGUGAAGGUGAGAGAUUAAUCGGUAGAUGGGGUACUGUUGGCAUCAAGGAGGCGAUUGCAAGAUGUUGGGGCUUCGGUGACAAGGAGGGGGCCAGACUACCGCUACAAGGUGGCUUCCAGGGUGGUGAACAAGAGUGGAGCAACUGGAGCGGCGUGUAUGAGGGACUGAAGCAGUUGGAGCAAGAGCUCGAGAAGAGUGGUUAG